CUGCCAUACAUGGUACAAUAUGUUGGACAAGAUCUUUCCUCCCCUCCGCGAGCGAAAUGUUCGAAGUGCUUAGAAUUAGUGGAUGGAAGCCGCUCUGGAUGCGAGGAUCAAAACAAGGAGAAACAUGGUUUCUUGGUGAAAGGGCAAUCCUAGUGAACUUCCUAGGGAAGGAAUAUACUCCGCAAGUCGCGCCAUCAAACAAGUUCCCCGAGCCGACUCACAGUGAAUCCACCACUCGGACUCUCUCCGAGGACGAGUACACCGCCGUAGGAAUCGGCCUCGUCGACCGUGACGCCAUUGAACAAGUCGACCUACCGUACAUAGGACAGUAUGGCUCGCAGUACCGUUUCGAUGUCAGCGUGACAUGCACAGAUAUCGAAAACCUUGUGGCUACUUCAUUUCUCCUCCGUGAGCGCCGUCUCCGCAAAGCUUCCCGAGGAAGUACUCGUCCUCGUUCAACUACAAAUGGAAAUGGUUCUGCUUCACCCAGACCCUCUAUCUCAACAGAUGCAGAAGGGAGCAACGGAGUGCACAAGCAGCGACAAGUGGACUCUGAAGACGACAAAUAUCUCAGGCCGAGAAGUACCUCGAAUGUCGAAAGUCGGAACUCGCAAGAUGAGCGCGAGGCUGGGACUGACGGGAAGAAGAAGCAUAGGAAGAAGCGAUACAUUUGAGAUACUUGGGGCUUUGAUAUCUAGGUCCAAUAAAGGCAGCACCCGAUUAUCCACUCCAAUACGUUAAUGUUGCCUGUUUGUAGGGUACCUGAAGCUUCUCCUUCUCCCUCUCAACAUCGCCACUUGGAUUUACUUGCAGCAUUCCUCGUUUUGAUUUUGGCACCUCGGCUUAGUCUUGUAUAUUCAAACCUUUUUAAUUUCCUAGCACUUUGUCAGUAUGUUAUGCUAUAAGUUUCAAGACCGGCAGCAUUGAAGGCAAC